AUGAAUUAUUAUGAGUCGCACAUACACCAGCUGCCGGUGGAACUUUUACAGCACAUAUUUUCACUCAUUGUCAAUGACAUCUCAGACUGUCCUAGUAUUUUCAAAUCGAUAAAUCACCGUAUCUCUGGGAAUUUUUCCAGCCCUCCCCUAGUCUUCACCCGGGUGUGCCGCCAUUGGCGAAUCAUAGCACAAUCAACACCGGGCCUUUGGUCCCGCAUACAGGUUAUGCUUUCCGGUGGAGACGAAUCAUUGCAGCCAUUUCUUCCAUGUCUGCUUCAAUAUUGGCUCGCCUGUUCUGGUGGUCAGCCUCUCACCCUUCGCAUC